GGCGUUACGAAUGAAGUCUUUUGUGUUUUUAAAACUAACUCACUUUAAAAGGCAACAUCACCGGAAUUGAUUGAGUGACAUUGAGGUUGUCCAGUGCACCCCCGCCAUUCUGCGGUUCACCAUUCACGAACUCAUCUAUUCGCAUUUUUGUUUAAGGUCACAAGAUGGCGCCCAAACGCCCUAAGUUUGAAAGCCACUUUUGGAAGCGAAGUUCUGAAGCUGCAGUUAGAGGCAACAUUAGGAGCUGACUUAGGAAUCUAACGUUGGAAGUUAAACUAAUGUGUGGUAACGUUGAAGUUUACAUUGGACUAGGGUUGGGGGGGAAAAAAAAUCUAAUAAGUCUGCUAAAUCAAGAACCCCCCGGAACCAAUGUUUCACACCGACAUUUAUUGCAGACGGACGCAGUGUUGGGCCACUGAUAAACUUUGCCCAAAACAACUGAGGACCGUCUCCACCACUACUUCAAGUACUCAAAGAUCUCUGCGCUGGCGCUGCUGAAGAUGGUGAUGCACGCCCGCUCUGGUGGCAACCUGGAGGUGAUGGGCCUCAUGCUGGGCAAGGUGGACGGCGAGAGCAUGAUCAUCAUGGACAGCUUCGCGCUGCCUGUGGAGGGAACAGAGACACGGGUCAACGCGCAGGCUGCCGCCUAUGAGUACAUGGCCGCCUACAUCGAGAACGCCAAGCAGGUGGGCCGGCUGGAGAAUGCCAUCGGUUGGUACCACAGUCACCCGGGCUACGGCUGCUGGCUCUCGGGCAUCGACGUCAGCACUCAGAUGCUUAACCAGCAGUUUCAGGAGCCUUUUGUAGCCGUGGUGAUCGACCCCACACGGACCAUUUCGGCGGGCAAAGUCAACCUCGGUGCCUUCAGGACGUACCCCAAGGGCUACAAGCCUCCUGACGAAGGGCCCUCAGAGUAUCAAACUAUCCCUCUGAACAAGAUCGAAGACUUCGGUGUACACUGUAAACAAUAUUAUGCCAUGGAAGUAACGUAUUUCAAGUCAUCCUUGGACAGAAAGCUACUGGAGCUCCUUUGGAACAAAUACUGGGUCAACACGUUAAGCUCCUCCAGUCUCCUCACGAACUCAGACUACACCACGGGUCAGGUGUUCGACCUGUCGGAGAAGCUGGAGCAGUCGGAAGCCCAGCUGGGUCGGGGCAGCUUCAUGCUGGGCCUGGACACGCACGACAGGAAGUCCGAGGACAAGCUGGCCAAAGCCACCCGGGACAGCUGCAAGACGACCAUCGAAGCCAUUCACGGCCUGAUGUCUCAAGUCAUUAAGGACAAACUCUUCAAUCAAAUCAACACGUCUAAUUAAGUUUUUGUUGUUGUUCCGCCACUUCUGGGUAUUGUGUAUGACUGCAAAAUGUUUUUACUUCCCCUCUUUCACCCUUGUAGUAGUCAGAAAAGUAUAUUGUAGUUAAUAAAAUAUAAGGGAAAGUC